GGUUUCUCUUAAACUCCCUCUUUUUUCUAGUGUUUAAUUUAUCAUCAUGGCGGCUAAUUUAUCCUUGGAAGAGCUUAAGAAUGAGAAGGUUGAUCUUGAAAGCAUUCCAGUGGAAGAAGUUUUCCAGAUACUAAAAUGUAGCAAAGAAGGUUUGACAAAAGAAGAAGGCCAAAAAAGGAUUGAAAUUUUUGGCCCCAACAAACUUGAAGAGAAAAAGGAGAACAAGGUCCUUAAAUUCUUGGGGUUUAUGUGGAAUCCUCUAUCAUGGGUCAUGGAAGCUGCUGCUAUCAUGUCUAUUGUCUUGGCAAAUGGAGGGGGUAAGCCACCGGAUUGGCCCGACUUUGUAGGUAUCAUGGUUUUGCUUGUUAUCAACUCUACUAUCAGUUUCAUUGAAGAGAACAAUGCUGGAAAUGCUGCUGCUGCCCUUAUGGCUAAUCUUGCUCCCAAAACUAAGGUUUUGAGAGAUGGAAAAUGGUCUGAGGAGGACGCUUCGCUCCUGGUUCCAGGUGAUCUGAUUAGUGUUAAGUUGGGUGACAUUAUCCCAGCUGAUGCUCGUCUUCUCGAGGGUGAUCCCCUGAAGAUUGAUCAGGCUGCACUUACCGGUGAGUCCUUACCGGUCACCAAACAACCUGGUGAUGAAGUUUUCUCUGGUUCCACUGUCAAGCAAGGCGAGCUCGAUGCUGUUGUCAUUGCUACUGGUGUUCAUACCUUCUUCGGAAAGGCUGCACAUCUUGUUGAUAGCACAAACCAAGUUGGCCAUUUCCAAAAGGUGUUGACUGCUAUUGGAAACUUUUGUAUCUGCUCAAUUCUUGUGGGAAUAGUGAUUGAGAUUGUGGUAAUGUGGCCGAUUCAAAAGCGAAAAUAUAGAGAUGGAAUUGACAACUUGUUGGUGUUGCUUAUUGGAGGUAUCCCAAUCGCCAUGCCAACAGUCUUGUCUGUUACCAUGGCUAUUGGAUCUCAUCGGUUGUCCCAACAAGGCGCUAUCACUAAGAGGAUGACUGCUAUCGAGGAAAUGGCUGGUAUGGAUGUCCUCUGCAGUGACAAGACCGGUACCCUCACGCUUAACAAGCUUACUGUUGACCAAACCUUGAUUGAGGUAUUCCCUAAGAACGCAGAUGCAGACACUGUUAUGUUACUUGCAGCUAGAGCCUCCAGGGUCGAAAACCAGGAUGCUAUUGAUGCUUGUAUUGUUAAUAUGUUGGGUGAUGCUAAACUGGCAAGAGAAGGCAUCCAAGAGGUUCAUUUCUUUCCAUUCAAUCCGGUUGAUAAGCGCACUGCAAUCACCUAUAUCGAUGGCAACGGAGACUGGCACAGGGCAAGCAAAGGUGCUCCUGAGCAAAUUAUUGAACUCUGUGGGCUCAGUGGAUCUGUCUUAAAGAAAUCUCAUGAAAUCAUCGACAACUUUGCUAACCGCGGUCUUCGUUCUUUGGGUGUUGCAAGACAGACUGUGCCAGAGAAAGAUAAGGAAAGUGCUGGUUCACCUUGGGAAUUCGUCGGGCUUUUACCUCUCUUUGAUCCACCAAGGCACGACAGUGCAGAGACAAUUCGCAAAGCUCUCGAGCUUGGUGUUAAUGUUAAGAUGAUCACUGGUGACCAGCUUGCUAUCGGUAAGGAAACUGGUCGUAGGCUCGGUAUGGGAACCAACAUGUAUCCAUCUUCAGCUCUUCUUGGUGAUCACAAGGAUGAGUCGAUUGCUCAAAUUCCUGUUGAGGAGCUUAUUGAGCAGGCUGAUGGCUUUGCUGGAGUUUUCCCAGAACACAAGUACGAGAUUGUGAAGAAGCUGCAAGAAAGAAAGCACAUUUGUGGUAUGACUGGAGAUGGUGUGAAUGAUGCACCAGCACUGAAGAAGGCAGACAUUGGUAUUGCAGUUGCUGAUGCAACAGAUGCAGCUCGGGGUGCAUCUGAUAUCGUUUUGACCGAACCAGGUCUUGGUGUCAUUAUUAGUGCUGUUUUGACAAGCAGAGCCAUUUUCCAGAGGAUGAAGAACUAUACUAUCUAUGCAGUCUCAAUCACGAUCCGUGUUGUGAUGGGAUUCAUGCUCAUUGCACUCAUUUGGGAAUUCGACUUCCCUCCCUUUAUGGUCCUCAUCAUUGCCAUCCUCAACGAUGGAACCAUCAUGACCAUCUCUAAGGACAGGGUCAAGCCAUCUCCUUUGCCCGACUCGUGGAAGCUCAACGAGAUCUUUGCCACUGGGAUCAUCCUCGGAACCUAUCAAGCUCUCAUGACUGUUCUGUUCUUCUAUCUUGCAGCCUCUACUGAUUUCUUUACAGAGAAGUUCGGUGUUAGAUCAAUCAGGGAGAACGAACACGGUCUUACAGCUGCUGUAUACCUUCAAGUGAGUAUAAUCAGUCAGGCUCUCAUCUUUGUGACAAGAUCAAGAAGCUGGUCAUUUGUGGAACGCCCCGGUUUUUUGCUUGUCGUUGCUUUCUUUCUAGCCCAAUUCGUGGCUACACUUAUCACCGUCUACGCGAACUGGAACUUUGCUAGGAUCCAUGGAAUUGGAUGGGGAUGGGCAGCAAUCAUAUGGGUCUACACAAUUAUUACAUAUCUCCCUCUUGAUGUUCUUAAAUUCAUUAGUCGUUACGCGUUGAGUGGUGAUGCCUGGGAUUCAAUGAUCCAGAAUAAGACCGCCUUCACAACAAAGAAGGAUUAUGGAAAAGGCGAAAGAGAAGCACAAUGGGCCGUGGAUCAACGUACACGUCAUGGUCUCCAGACUGCAGAAAGCAAUGGCUUAUUUCAUGACAAGAACUACAGGGAAUUGAAUGAGAUUGCUGAACAAGCUAAACGUCGUGCUGAAGUUGCAAAAUAUACACACGAGUAAUUAAAAAAUUACUCGAGAUUUUCAAGAACCAUGUUGCGAGUUUGAGGAAUUUUACACUCUCAAAGGAACAUGUUGAAAUGAUCUAAUAAUAAGACAAUAUUGUCUAAGAUUAUGCAAUGAAUUAUGGGAGAUAGAUGACUUUU